AGUUUUCUCGAAAAUCAAAACAAAAAAGAUUUCUUUAUUUAUUUUUGACUUUUCAGUCCUUUAGCAUGUUAAGAAAAGUGUAAUAAUAUUUUGGAAAUGGUGAAAAGUGAAUAGAUCAAAAAUGCAAAGCACAGACAACAAUGACGAGUUCAUGAUUGAUGAAUUAAGCAUUGUUGAAGAAAAGGAAACAAUUAUAUCACAAUGGGCAAAUGAAAUUGUUGAUUUUUCGGAUUGCUAUGGCUCUGAAUCAUCAAUCAGUUACUCUGCAAUAAAUAUUUGUGGUCGACCUUCUAAGUAUCCUGCUUAUGGGGACUUUGCAGAAUGCUUUUCUAUGAGAAAGUAUGGACCUUCAAAUGAAAUAGAAUUUUCCGCGAAGGACAAACAUGAACUUCUAACAUUCCAUGAUUUUAUCAUUAUAAAAUAUGAAAACUAUGUGUUUCCAAGAGAUAUUAGAGUAUAUGAAACUUAUCAUCCGGGAUCAAUUGUCAGGAUUCUGGCAUAUUUUGCGAAUCUUAAGAAAUGGAAAACACUUUGGCAGACACUUCCAGCACCCGUGGAGAAAAAAGCGAGGGAAUUUCGUCCGCAAAUCAAUAAAUUCAACUCACCUACAAGAAUUCUACGAAUUGAAUUUAAUCACAGCUUCAUCGAUUAUUACACUGGCAUUGAUGGCGUGUUGCUUACAGGCGUCAAAUGUAAGAUACCUGCCAAGAAGCCCCUUACUGAACAAACAAAAAUCAAAGGAAUUAUUCAGAAGAAGCUUGAGACUGUGCAAUUUAAACCACAGAGAACACCUUCGGAAGCUAUUGAAGAUUUUCUUAAGAAUGAUUUAAGUAAAUUCAUGGAAAAUGUUGGAUUUGAAAGAGAAGAAGAAUCUUUUGAUUUAAUAGAUCAUUAUGGAAGUCAAAGAGAAAAGAAAAUCACUGAUGUUCCUUAUGAAAUUCUCUGUAAUGUCGUCUCAUAUCUUGAUUUAAAAUCACUUUACAAUUGUUCUCAAGUCUGCAAAUAUUUUCGGAAUCUAGUCUUUGAUCCACUUCUUUAUACAGAAAUUAAUUUGAAGUUCUAUUGGCAUUUGUCGACGUCAUCCUUCAUGGAAUCGCUGACACAAAGAUCUCAUCUGAUUAAAAAACUUGAUCUGAGUUCUUGUGGAUAUUUUGAUACAAUUAAACCAAAUGAUUUCAUAAAAUUUAUUCAAACAAAUGGGAAAACUCUUUCACAUCUUCGCUUAAAUUCAUCACAAUUUAUGAACACAACAUGCAUUGAAACAAUCAGCAUAACAUGUGUCAACCUCAUAGAGUUGUCAUUGAGGAAUUACAUGAAUGUCACAACAGAACGAGACUUUGUAAGUCUUGCAAUGCUUCAUAAUCUUGAAGUAUUGGAUCUUAGUAGAAGUGGAAUCGAUACGAUCGCUUUACUUAACAUAAUCAAGAGUAACUUGAAUCUAAAACAAUUGAACAUUGCAUUCUCAUCUCAUCAUGUUAGCAUGGAUGAAGUGUGCAUUCAGAUAUCCGCAUUCAACAAGAAGAUGAAAUCUAUUGACAUGUGGAAAUGUCAUAAUUUAACAACAAUUGGUGUACGAGCUUUGUCGGAAUGUUCAGAUUUGGAAGAACUUGAUUUUGGUUGGUGUUUGAGAGACGAAGCAUCAGUUACCGAAAGUUUCAAACUUCUCUUACAAAAUUGUGUCAAUCUCAAGAAACUUGUUCUUGCAGCUAUCCGUGGCAUUUCCGAACGUGAUCUCGAAAACAUUUCAACAUUUUGUGCCAACUUAGAACAUCUUGAUUUAAUGGGGAUCGUUGGAGUGUCAUCGGAAAUGUGCUUGAAAAUACUCCAAAACUGUUCCAAUCUUAAGCUUCUUGAUAUCUCUUUCUGUGAAAACAUCGAUGAUGUUAACAUCAUAAUUUGGAGAAACGAAUUCGACACCUGCAUCAAAAGAAGUGAAGUGCCUAAUGAUGGAUAACUUGAUAUUUUUCUCAUGUAGAUCAGUUAUUAUGAAGAGAGAUUAACUAUUUUAUUCGAAUAAAUAUAUUUUAAAAAAUGAAAAUUUUUCACGAACUUCUUU